AUGCCAUUAGCUGAUGUGGAUGUUAUACGUCGUCGAUUUUCAAUUGGAUUAUCAACAGAUAGAGUUGAUUUUAUUCUUUAUUUAUAUAAUGAAUAUUCAUAUGAAGAAAAAUAUUUUCAAUCAGUUUAUGAACUCCUUAAUUUAUUAACAAAUGAAUUAGAAAAUGAUAAAAAAUCUAAAACUAGAUAUUAUUGGAUUGAAGUUAUUAAUUGUAGUUGUGUUGAUUUUCCAAAGGGUAUUAAAAUUCUUUGUGAAUAUUUUAAUAUUCAUCCAUUAACAAUGGAAGAUAUAGCAACAUUAACACCAUAUAUGAAAUUAAAUUUAUUUCAUGAUAAUUGUUCAAUAUAUCUUUUAAUGAAAAUUUUAACAUGGAAUGGUCAUCGUGUUCAACAACAACAAAUAUCAUUUUAUUUAAAUUGUUCACAAAAUUUAUUAAUUACAUUUCAAGAAAAAUCUUUUGAUAAUAUUGAACCUUUUUUUCAAACCAUUCGUAAUCGUCUUCGACGACAACAACAACAACAAAAUAAUGAGGAAAGCUCUCAAUCUCCUCAACAUCAUCGUUUAAGACAGUUCAAUGUUGAUUAUCUUUUUUAUUGUCUACUUGAUGAUAUUGUUGACAGGAUGCUUUCUGUUCAAUUAGAUAUUCCAUAUUUGAAAGUAAUCUAA